AUGCUCGCUACUGUACCUUUUCUCCUUUUUACUCGGGAAGGGCUUUCACUUCCACAGACUUCAUGCUACGGCAUAAUGAUGGGCUACGGGCGGUAUAAAUACAUUUAUAAAACACGGAAACCAAGAUAUAAUUAUUUGAGUAUCGUCCUGGGCGAAGUCGCCGGCUUCCAACAGGAAUUGGUGGAGGUUGACGACUUCGUUGAUGACCGCUGCAUCGUCGGCUCGGAGUUCUUCGUUAUUCCGACGGAUCUUCAGACGUUGACGACGAAGUAG